AUUCCUGCGCAACUCCGGCUGGGAUUAGUCCUAGCAGCGACUUCGCUCGAAGUGGAUCGUGUUUUCCCCCCGCGGAUCGCAAAAAUGAAGAUUCUGGUUUGUUUGUUGGCAGUGGUCGUGGCGCUGGUGGUGGGAUUACCCCAACGGUUGGAACCCAUUAAGCUGAACCCAUCCAAGUUGGCACUGCUGCCGAGGGAGUGCGGCGUUGCCAAGUACGGUCCUCGGUCGGACGGCAUCAAGAGCCAGGCGUUCGAGUUUCCAUGGAUUGCUUUGGUCCUGUUUAAGCAAACUCGUCGGCCUGCUACCUGCUUCGGGACGCUGAUCAAUCAGCGCUAUGUUCUGUCGGUGAUCGGUUGCGUGAGGAAGACGAAGAAGGACCCAGAUUAUAUCCGAUUGGGAGAGCAGUCAGCGCUGACAAACCCCGACUGUAGUGAGCUGAAGCAGCGAGAUGGAUCCGUACGAAAGGAAUGUGCCGGACCGACGGUUGAAAUUCCGAUCGAGUCCUACGUGGCCCAUCCGGAGUUCGAUCUGCCGAUGUACACGAAUGAUUUGGCCCUGAUGAGGAUGGCCCGUGAGGUCCAGUACAACGAUUACAUCCGGCCGAUUUGCCUUCCCACGACUCCGGAGCUGUUGAACAACAUCCCGCGGGAUCUGCUGAUGACGGCCUGGGAGUUGGACGCAAAUGUCCCUACGCACUACGUCGGUGAGCUGGAGAAGUACCAGAUUGAGAACAUGGAUCUGGACUCCUGUCAGCGUGAGUACGAGAAGGCUGGUUUCACUCCGGAGUUUGAAUACAAGCGGUUCUGUGCGGCUCAGAAGGGACCGAACUAUGUGUGCAGUCGGAUGGCGGGAGCUCCUAUCGGUGCGGUGGUUGACGUCGAGGGAACCCAGAGGCAUGUGCAGUUCGCUAUGGCUAAGUUUGCUCCGCUCAAUUGUACCGCGCGCCAGACGGUGCCGAUUAUUUCGAUGCGUAUCUCGGAGUACAUGGGAUGGAUUACAAACAAUUUGGAACCUUGAGAGGAUGGUGAACUAGAUAAUGUAUAUCGAUAGGAACGUGAGUUCUUUUUUAUCAUAUCAAUAAAGGAACUUUCUUAACAAAAUCAAAA